UUGCCCUUUUGGUUUGUGGGGUAUUUGGGGGGUUUCCAUCAGCCUGGGUGGCUGGGCAGCGGCCCCUUUUCCGUUCCCUGGAGCACUACUUUUGAUGCCAACAUUCUUUUAUUUGUUUGGUGGGUAGCAGGUGGGUGUUUGUGCUCAUCGGUGCCCUGGUGGGCCUGGCCUGGUUGAGAGUCAAAAGGCCUUUUCAAGCCUUCUCCUUGGGUGGGGGGCUCUGGUGCUUUCCUGGAUAGGAUUGAGUAUUGUUUUUGAUUCAGGACAAGGGCUUGGCUUUUGUUCUAUAUCCUUGCUACCUUCAUUCUGUGUGUGGUUGGCGCUUUUUUUUUUUUUUUCUCCAACCCCUUUUGGAAUCCCACUAUUUGGAGGCAGUAUGCCGGGGAAGGCCAAGGGCAAGAAAGGGGGGCGCCCUGUUAAGCAGCCCAAGAGGCCUGCUCCCCCGCAGUCCUCCUCGGAGGAGGAGGAUGAGGAGAUGACUCUGAUACGGGGGUUAAUUAAUAGGAUGGAAGCUUUAGAGAAAGCAAAAGCAGCCCCCUCCGACAAAGGUGCGGGUCCUUCAGGUGUGGGGGGGGUGCCUCCUCCUAAGGUCCCUCGGAGGACCAGGGGUUCUGUGAAAAGCCAGCUGCUAACUUCUCUCUCUAGUAGGCUGGCUGCGCUGGAAGAAGGGCUGAACCCUGCUGGACCGGGCCCUUCUGCUCCUGCGUUACCGCUUCCUGAACCUGAGUCUCCAGUUCCGGAGUCGCCUUCACCAUUGCUACCUCCGCCUGCGGCACCAGUUGUUCAGCCUCCAGUGGAUACGGCUACUCCUUUGGCCCAGGGUGCUGGCGGGGCGGCGGUCCCGGUCCGAGUCCUGAUGUGUGGCCAUUCGUUGGUCUUCUGGGCUUUCAAGCGGGCCAGCACCACCCGCUGGGGAUCCCAGUUGGGUUUAGGAAGCAAGGCUUCAGUUUAUUGGUUGGGCAUGAGGGGCAUGCUCUGGAAUCAGUUGCUUCCAGCAUUGAGGGAGCAUUUAGAUAGGUUUCCCAUUCCCGACAUCCUGGUUCUUCAUUUAGGGGAGAAUGAUUUGGGCCGGCGGCCUGGCCUCGCCAUCCUUCAGCAAGCCUCCUCGGAUUUGUCUAUUUUGCGCAGCUGGAUGCCUGGCGUGCGCAUAAUAUGGGUUAAUUGGCUCCAGCGCAGGGUGUGGCGGGGUGCUCAUUCUUGCCUUAGCUUGGAAAAGGCACGCAGGAAGAUUUCAGCCGCAAUAGGUAAAGUGGUUUUGGCGGCCGGGGGGUCUGUGGUGCGGCAGCCAGAUAUAGCUGCUCGCUUUCCCGAGUUAUUCCGCCCUGACGGGGUCCACCUGUCUGAGAAAGGUUGUGAUUUGUAUCUGCAUAAUAUCCGGGAAGUGCUUGCUGAAGGUUUGGAGGGGGUGGGGCAGGAAGGUCAAGCGAGGGCUAACCUUCCUGGGUGGCGGUAACAGUGCGGGCUGUGGGUAAGGAGGUCUAGAUUUCGGUGAGCACCCUUGGACAUUUUAAGGUGGAUUGGUCAAUUGCUUCCUUGUGGCCUGUGCGGCACGGGAAGAAUUACAUUGCCAAGAAACCUGCUUCAGGACUUCACCUACCUUUGGGCUGUGCGGUCCGGGGAGGUAAAGAUCUGAAGCUGUCCAGAUCCCCUCUUCUAAAAGGGGUGGUUGGCUUUGAAGGAAUUGGGCGGGAGCUACCUGCCUCUUUCCUGAGCCAGGGUGUGUCGCCCUUGCAGGCGAUGGGUAGGACGUUUUGAAUCCUAGCCCACGCCUAGGUGCCCGCACUGUUUUUAUGUUGGUGAUUAAUCACCUUGUUUCCAGUCCGCCACAAAUGUUGUUAUAUUAAUAAAGCGUGGCCCGUUUCUCCCAUUAAAAAAUGUCUCUGUGUCUUCUUGGGCUGGGG